GCUGAAGGCUGAAGGCUGAAGGCUGAAGCCCGACCUUCAUCUCCGGUUCUACAGUCCGAUUCACCUCCGGCGAAACCCACAAACGGAACAGUGUCAAUUUUGGGGCUCAUGAUACAGACCAUUAUGAACAUGAAGAUAAGAAGUUAUGGCUGCAUUACAAAACCGAGUCUUUUGCUUGUACAUCCAGAGUUACCUUGUAGACCCCAGUUAAUUUUUGCAUCGAGUCUUGGGUUCUCGAGUAACCGUGAGAAGAGAAUUGGACACGUUACGAGAUUACAGUACUCUGUUGCAGAUAAAACAUUUGUGUCUAGUUCUACCAAUUCACCUUUAUCCAAGGUGGACGCCACCCAUUUGGAACAGAGGCAAGGAGGUUCCUCAUCCUUAUAUAGCCGCCCUAGUUUAUUACAGAUGAAGAAUCAACGAAUAGAAAAUCGUGCCCGGGUUUAUGAGUUCUUGAAGGGGAUUGGUAUUGUUCCUGAUGAGCUUGAUGGACUGGAGCUUCCUGUAACAGUUGAGGUCAUGAAGGAGCGGGUAGAUUUCCUUCAUAAAUUAGGGCUUACAAUUGAAGACAUUAACAACUACCCUCUUGUUCUUGGCUGUAGUGUGAAGAAAAACAUGAUUCCCGUGCUUGAUUAUCUCGGCAAAUUGGGUGUUAGGAAAUCCACUUUCACUGAGUUCUUGCGAAGAUAUCCACAAGUCCUCCAUGCCAGUGUUGUGGUAGACCUUGCACCUGUGGUAAAGAACCUGCAAGGGAUGGAUAUCAAGCCAAAUGAUAUUCCUCGGGUUCUUGAGAAGUAUCCAGAAGUAUUGGGAUUCAAACUUGAGGGAACUAUGAGCACAUCUGUGGCUUAUUUGGUUGGAAUUGGGGUGGCAAGAAGAGAAAUUGGAGGGGUUUUAACUAGAUACCCAGAGAUAUUGGGUAUGAGAGUAGGUCGUGUGAUCAAACCUUUUGUGGAGUAUCUUGAAAGUUUGGGGAUUCCAAGAUUAGCUGUGGCUAGAUUAAUAGAGAAGCGGCCUCACAUCCUUGGAUUUGGAUUGGAGGAAAGGGUGAAAGCUAAUGUCAAAUCCCUUCUAGAAUUUGAUGUGAGAAAAACAUCACUUGCUUCCAUGAUAGCACAAUAUCCUGAGAUCAUAGGAAUUGACCUGGAGCCAAAGCUUCUUAGUCAACGGAGCCUUCUCAAUUCAGCUCUUGAUUUGGGUCCUGAGGAUUUCCCAAUGGUUGUUGAAAAGAUGCCACAGGUUGUUAGCCUUGGUAAAACACCUAUGUUGAAGCAUGUGGAUUUCCUCAAGGAUUGUGGAUUCUCCUUGCAACAAGUGAGAAAGAUGGUUGUAGGAUGCCCCCAAUUGCUUGCUUUGAACCUUGACAUCAUGAAAUUUAGCUUUGAUUUCUUCCAGAAGGAGAUGGAGAGGCCUCUAGAUGACUUGGUUGCUUUCCCUGCUUUCUUCACUUAUGGUCUGGAGUCUACCAUAAGACCGAGACAUCAGAUGGUUGCAAAGAAAGGGUUGAAAUGUUCUCUUUCAUGGCUUCUCAUUUGCUCUGAUGAGAAGUUCGAGGAACGGAUGAACUAUGACUCUAUUGAGUUGGAGGAGAUGGAAAUGGUGUCAUCAUUUGACAUGAACACAUUGAUGGAACCAAGGAGCGAUGAGUCUGAUGAGUCUGCUUCUGACUACGAGGAGGAUAGUGAUGAUGAAUAUGCAUAGAAGGAUGAUUCAACUUAGUUAAUGGUCUGCUAUAGACUUUGUCAAAUUGAAUCUUCAUCUAGAGAUUGUGGGUGCAAUAAUUAAAAGCAGAAUCCAGAUGAAAAGAGAACUGAAGUUAUAUGCACUACUCUCAGUGGGGAUUUGGGUCAUGUGCAUGGAGGUGAAGAUGCCAGCACCCCGUAUAAACAGCUAGACAAUGUUCCAUCAGUACCAAGGCUAUCUUAAUCAAGCCUGUUUCCAAAUGUUUGAAAAUUACCUUCACCUGUGAACUUUAUAUUGAGUAGUCCAAAUGAAGAUGCAAGAACUGUUGUAAAAAAUCACUAUAUUUUUGUAUUAGCUUUUUGGUCUGUCCUAGUAAUUUUUCCUUCAUUUUCA